UAGUAUACCUACUUUAAUUUAUAGAUAAAAUACUUAGAACCUCGAAUGGAACAUUUAGAAUACAAUACAAUAUUAGCAGUAUGUGACACAAUAGUUGGCAAUGUUUUUAGACAAUUAUUGAUUGAGUUACCUACAGUAUUGGACAACAUCAAAUGCUCUAUAUCCUCUUGUAAUAAAACAACAAAAUGUCCAAUACCUGUGCCCUAUAUAACAAUGCAUAUUGUAAAUGGUAAUUUAAAUUCGCUUGAGGAAGAUAUACGGAACAGAAUAUUAAGCGAAAAUUCCACGUGUCAUCAUGUUGACACAAGAGAGAAAAUAUGUAACGGAUUAAAAAGUAUUGAUCCAAUUCCUUCAUCGAUUCAUCUGCAGUUUAUUGAGCUCAGUUCAUUGAGCUUACUAAGAAGAUGCAGUCGACAAGGAUUACAGUACAGAGAUUGCACAACAGGUCCAAGUACGUUUAGCCGAUGUACCUCCAGUCAUAACAUUAAACAAUAUAAAGUAUGAACUGAGGGGUAUAUGUUCACACAAGCACGGGUGAGUCGAUUGCGGCUUUGGACAUUACCAGUCUCACUGCAAGCGGAACUAUACAAGCAACUGGGAACUUUACGACUUAAAAUCUAAACCAAGUAAAAUCAAACACAAUUGUACCUUGCGAAUUUUCGAUUUGCACAAUUUAAUAUUCAUACAUAAAG